AUGGAUAAUGAAGAAGUUAACGAAGAAUAUCUGAGGUCACUGUUCAAGAACGUCCGUGUGCAUGUAGAUGAUCAUCUGACAUCAGGCCAUAUAUACGAUGAAGAUGCAUAUAUCACCUUCGGAUGCUUCCUAGCCGGCAUACAUCACAAAUUCAGAAAACUUCUUGAACUACUGCUUUUGAGACAAGAGGAAAUGCAUCGUAAGAAAAACUACGAUCAUAUUGAUGAUACCGUGAUACCGUUGCUGCUGAAGCUUUUGUGGUCUCAAAUUCACGAGCCUGUCUUUCAGUGGUUCGAGUGCUGGUUCUUCAAAAUCGUGCGAUUAGACAGCAGACAUCGGUUCAGGCUAUUCGGACAAUUCCAUAAGAAAAUGGUGUUCUUUUUCAAAACUACACAUCGGUAUUACUAUGAUAUCAUCGAAUGUUUCUUUGCGAGAUAUGAUAUGAAUUCAGUGGUUCCACCAGACAUUUUUACAAAGCUGAACUUAGUUCAAGGAACAAACAAAAAAGUCGUAUUAGAUGCAACGAAUCCGUUGAAAUUUUCUAUCGUGAUUUCGUUUCAAAGAUGUUUGAUUAAUAUAGGUUCUACGCAUUCCUACAAAGCAAUCCUAGACGAACCAACCGACAAACCCAAGAGGGUUGAAGACUUCAAAAAAUCUAUUAGGUACCUAACCAUCGCCUCACUCUGUCUCCCAUCCGUUGGAGAUACUUACCUACAAUUAGCCAAAAUUUACCAGAACACCGGAAAGCUUUCGUCAUAUCUCUUUGAAUUGGUACGAGGUUCAUUAGUGAGGAUUCCGUCCAAGUAUGCGUUGAAAGGUUUAAAAGGUCUCAUCUUAAUUCCUGAUUUCCCUGAGAGGAAGCUUUUAAUGAAGAAAUUAAAAAAAUCUUUACCAAAACAUCCAAAAGGGAAACGACUUCUUUUCGAAAAUCGUAUUAUCUUGCAGCUUCUAACAACAUUAGAGCAUAUCAUGGUUCCAGCUUUAUCGAGCGUAUCCUGCACCCCUGACCGUUGGCUGCUAAGAGAUCAUUUACAAGCUGCUGUAUCAGAACAUCAUUUGGGACAUACGAACGCUAUACUUGAAAUUUUGGCUACCAUGAUGGGAUUUUUUGACCUUAUGUUUACAAAUGAAGAAGGAAAAGAACAAAGGAGGAAACUCAAAUACGUUAAUUUGAGUAAAUGUCAAGUUUCCUUUUUGGAUUUCAGCUUCGAUUUUAUUGUCAGUGUAAUAGAUGUAGUGGUCAAACCUGCAUGGCAGAAAAAUGUGGAGAAUUUUCAAUAUCUAGCGAUUAUUCGUUUGCUAAUAUGCUGGAUUAAGUCAUAUAGAUCUAUUUUACAAUAUGCUCAUCGGCACAGGAAGUUUUGUACUUCAUUGGCCUCAUUACUCAACGAUUUGAUGAAUAGUCCCUUGAAUUACCCAAAGUGCUUAUCGAACCAUAGGCCGAGAAGAACUUAUUAUUUUGAGGAAGACAUUAUGUUUAGAGAGUUCUCUUGUAUAAAUUUUGCACUAACUGACUUUAACGACGAUCUCGUGUACAACUCCCCCAACAUGGUAAACAAUAUAAUCGGUUGUCCUUUAUCGACCGAGAAAGGAUCACUCAAAGAAGAAGGUAUUUUGCGAAUAAAAGCGAUCAUAUUUUCCGGUAUGAAAUUUUUAGAGAAGAAUGACACCGAUAUUAAAUGGAACGUCAGCAAAUAUACCUUCGACCUAGUAGGCGCAAAAAUUAAAGAAAGGCACCACAUGACAUUGUCCGAAAUAUCAUCCAAGAUAAACAUAAAACCGCAAACAAAGCAGUGGGAUUCAUCGAAAAAGGUGGAGCAUAGCGCGAAUCAACCGCUACAGAAAAGAGCAAAAAUAAUAACAGUGACGGAAUUAGAAACACAUUUCGCAAAUGUUCGACAAGCACACAACCCGCCACUCGAAAACAAAAAAAAAAACGUCUUGCCUAAGUCGGCAAAGCAUGCCGUUCAACAAGAGGAGAGUGUUACAGACCCGCUAUGCUCCAUCCUCCCUACAUACUCGGACGAAGCAAACGUGAGCGUUCAAGUACCAGAAACGCCUAUAUCAAAGGGCAAGUGA